AUGUUUCAUGAUAUAGCUGAUAUGAUAUACACUUCUCUAACCAAGAAAGAAGUAGAAUUGUUUGUUUGUACUGCUUGGUUUAUUUGGUUCAACAGGAACAAAGUGCUAAAAGGACAAUCUCACGAUCAGACUCACGCAAUCCUUGAUCUGGCGCACUCUUACCUAACUGAGUACCAAGAUUCCCAGUCGGCUCCAGUUCAAAUCUCCAGAGCGCGGAACAAUCCGGUCUCCUGGUCCCCUCCGGCGUCAGGACUUCUCAAGUUAAAUGUGGAUGCAGCAAUCUCAAAGAAUAGCAGAAAAGUGGGUUUUGGUGGGAUUAUGAGAAAUAGCGAUGGUUUGGUAGUAGCAGCCCUUGCCCAACCUUAUAUUGGGGGAGGAGCUAUCGCUACUCUCGAAGCAAAAUCCCUCCUCACUAUUUUACGGUGGUGCAUAGUCGAGCAUUUCUUGGUUCAAGAAGUUGAAACGGACUGUAAAGCCAUUACUGAUGCACUAUCUAAUAACAAGGAAGAUGUUUCGAUUUUUGGAGAUCUUAUUUGUCAAAUUAAGGAAGCCUUAUCUCUUAUCCCUAACGCUCGACUCUCUCAUGUCAAUCGUGAUGCCAACGCUCUUGCUGAUAAGCUGGCACAUCGAGCCUUGGGGUUAUAUGAGGUUGCGAUAUGGAUAGGCGAUGACCCCUGUGACCUUCUUGAGUUCCUUUCUCUUUAG